AUGAUUCGAAUACCGAACUAUCUCAAUGUUUUCAGACUAACUUACAAAAGAACUACACAAACAAUAAUAUUUAAAAACCAAAAUUUUACCACAACUACUAAAUCAAACCCUAUUCAAUGGAAAUUAACAAAUUCAACAUCACCACCAAGAUAUGAUACAGGAUGUACAUUCUGUCAACCAAAUUUACCAUCAGAUAAACCAAUAAAUUUUAAACAACCAUUAUCUAAAUCAUCAGUUAUUCCCGAUAAACAUAUAUUAAGUUUAACAACAACUCCUUCUAAUGAUAUAUCAAAUUUUAAUUCUAAAAUUGAAGAAAUUCCUGGGACAUUGGCUCAUAGAAUUCAUGGAUUAAAACUGGAAAAACAAAUUGGUUUAAAGUUUGGUAUAACUUUAUCAAGUAUUGUUUUAGAAAAUCAUCAAAAUAUAUUAGAAAAGUAUGGAGUGAAAGAGUCGAAUGACCAAUUAGUAUUUAUUUAUCCAGAUAUGAAAAUUGUGAAAUUCCCCACUAAAGACAUAGAUCAAUUUUUAAAAAAAUAUGAUUUAAUUGAAGAUCAAUCAAAACAAGAAGUAUAUAAUCCAUUUAAAACAGUUAAAGAUUUAACUAUUCAACACAAGACAAAUCCAAUAGAUGAUAUAAAAAUUAAAGAUUCAAAUUUUAAAGAAUUUCCCAUAGAGAAAGAUUUAAUAGUAACUUGUGGUCAUGCAAAAAGAGAUAUAAGAUGUGGACAAUUAGGUCCAUUAAUAACAAAUGAAUUCAAUAAAGUGUUAAAAGAGAAAAAUUUAAAAGAUAAUACUUACCUUGGUCAAAUAUCUCAUAUUGGAGGUCAUGCAUUUGCAGGAAAUGUAUUAUACUACCCAAAAGAAACUCAAUCUACUAAUGAUUUUAUUUGGUAUGGACGUGUUUUUCCACAAGAUGUUCAAUCAUUAGUUGAUGAUACUGUUAUAGAUAAAAAAAUUAUAAAGAAUUUAUAUAGAGGUGAUUUAGAAAAAAUUGAAAAAUUAGCAUGUAAAUAG